AUGGACAGAAGACCAAAUACUGAACGCCUUACAAGAAGAUUCAGCAUUUUCAUUCACAUUGCCAACAUAUCAUUCAAAAUAAAUUCCAAUCCUGAUCUCUACAAAGUUGCAUACUAUAACAGUCAAAAGAAGAUCACAAAUAUCCCACCUCCACCAUCAACUAGCAUCAGCAACACGAAAACCUCAGCUUUCGCUCCUCCUAAUAGCAACUACCCUCAACCAAACCCUGUCAAGAUCCUACACCAAUGA